AAGAUUUUGAUUUUAGGGUUAUUAAGUCGCUUUUGUAGUUCUUUGCUUUUGAUGCAGUCAAACUUUAGACUCGUGUUCUUUUCAGAAGAUGAAGCUUAUAAAGGUAGUCCUAUGCAGUGAAAGUAGGAGUACAAAGACAAAAUCAGAAAUGCAAAAUCAAGCCUAUUUUUUCUUGGUUCUUCUAGCUCUUCCUCACUCACUCUUUGCUUCUAGUAAUGAUGCAAAGUGUCAAUGUGAUGAAGCAAAAAUCAACCGUGGAGGUUUCCCAGAAAAUUUCUUGUGGGGUGCAGGAACAUCUGCUUACCAGGUUGAAGGUGCAUAUAAUGAAGGUGGUAAAGGUCCAAGUUUGUGGGAUAACUUCACUCAUGCAUACCCAGAGAAAAUUGUAGACCAAAGUAAUGGAGAUAUUGCUGUGAAUUCCUAUCAUUAUUUUGAGGAGGACAUAAAAAUCACAAAAGAUUUAGGGCUAGAUGCAUACAGGUUUUCUAUCUCAUGGUCAAGGAUACUACCAAGAGGAAAUCGAAAUGGAGGAGUGAACCAAGAAGGAAUUGACUAUUAUAACAACAUCAUCAAUGAUUUACUAGCCAAUGGUAUACAACCAUUUGUGACCAUGUUUCAUUUCAAUGUGCCUCAAGCCCUAGAAGAUGCAUAUGGGGGCUUCUUAAGUUCUCGAAUUGUGGCUGAUUUUCGAGACUUUGCUGAUAUUUUGUUCAGCAAAUUUGGUGAUAGAGUUAAGUAUUGGAUUACUUUGAACGAGCCAUGGACUUUCAGUAAUCAUGGCUAUGCAAUUGGUAGAUUUGCACCUGGCCGAUGUUCUGAAUGGCAGCAAAUAAAUUGCACUGGUGGUAAUUCAGGAACAGAACCAUAUAUUGUCACACACAAUCAACUUCUUGCUCAUGCAGCAGUUGUACAUUUGUACAGAACCAAAUAUCAGAUAUGGCAGAAGGGAAAGAUUGGAAUUGCACUUGCCGCAAUAUGGUUUGAGCCAUAUAAUUCAACGGAUGAAAAUUUAAUGGCUACAGACAGAGCCCUUGAUUUCAUGUUGGGAUGGUUUAUGCAGCCAUUAACAUCUGGACAAUAUCCGCAAAGCAUGAGAGUUCGUGCUGGCAAUCGGUUGCCCAAUUUCAGCAACACUGAAAGGGAUUUGUUGAUACAGUCGUUUGACUUCAUAGGAUUGAACUACUACACUUCCAGAUAUGUUUUGGAUAAGCCUAAUCCAUCUAGCUUGAGCUACAUCAAUGAUUCUGAGGUUGAUAUUGUAGUUGAGAGAGACAAUAAGCCCAUUGGUGAAGUAUCAGUAAUUGGAAGUUGGCUCCAUAUCUACCCAAAGGGACUCAGAGAAUUGUUGAACUACAUGAAGAUGAAAUACAACAAUCCCACCAUUUACAUUACUGAAAACGGGCUUAAUGAGGCAAGAAAUGACAGUAUGACAAUUCUUGAAGCUAUCAAAGACGACAUAAGAAAAGACUAUAUCCAUGACCACCUAUGUUGUAUCCUACAAGCAAUUGAGCAAUUUGAAGUCAAUGUGGGUGGCUACUUUGUAUGGUCAUUGAUGGACAAUUUCGAAUGGGCUUUCGGCUACUCAAUCCGCUUUGGCAUCCACUUUGUGGAUUACAAUGACGAGUUGUUUACAAGAUAUCCUAAACACUCUGCUUUAUGUGGGGAGCCAUCGAUUCAUCCGCGAACUGGACUUGCUGUUCAGGGCAGUCGAGGAGCUCAAGAGAACCCUGUCGGAUUUAGAUGAGGCCGCGGAUGAUGCCAGCUCCACCGGGAGCAGCCGACCUUCUUCGGUAGAAGAAGCGGACUGAACCCCCUGAUCCAAUGAAACCCCUUCCAUGGAGGAUGAAGUGGACCCCACACGCACAGGGAUAUACGUAUAAAUGUAACGU